CAGCUUUCUCGAAUUUGGCACUCUUCCAAAUCUCCUGUUUCUAAAUUGAACGCAUGUGCGCCUUUUGAGAGUUUAGGUCAAGACAAUCGUGUGUUCAGCUUCAAUUAUCCAUCAAAUCAAACAUUUAGUUCUCCCAAAAUGCGUAUUCACAUCAAAGAAAAUAGUUCCAGCGCGCCUGAGAGCUCUGGACGGAUCCAGGACUUUGAGGACGGGGAUGAGGUUAUUCAAUGUUUCAUUUGCAAUCAACCAGGCCUCUUGCAGUGCUCAGAGUUCCCCGAAGUGCAUUAUUGUUCCAAUGAGCACAAGGGCCUUCAUCAAAGACCAAGCGAUGAGGACGAGGACGAAGCAAAUCAUGACGGCAAAGUGGAACGCCAGUCCAAGACCUUUCCAUUCGUGAUCAAAUACCGGAAAGAUGUCGGAAGGUACAUGGUUGCCGCACGUGACAUCGAAGCUGGUGAACUAAUCUUCCGCGAAGAUCCCUUAGCCAUGGGACCAAACCAUCACUCCAAACCAUCGUGUCUGGAAUGCAUGAGAAAGGUAGAUGGUUCUUAUUUGUGUCCCAAGUGCCAAUUUCCCAUGUGUGAAGAGAUGUGCAGCUUGGGCGAGGACCACAGUGGGAAUGAGUGUGAAAUAUUCACCGGGAUUGCCGAUAAGAUCCUCUUGAGCGAUUACGAGCAAGCCAAUCCCAAGUACUGGAACAUCACCGUCCUCCGUCUCCUUCUCAACAAGCUAAAGGAUCCUCGAAAGUACGACAUAAUCCUCCGAAUGGAGGACCACUUAAGCGAGCAUAAAAAGGAAGACACUUGGCAACUCUACCAAGAGCAUGUGGUGGAUUUCCUCCGAAACACUUGUGGAUUGGCCUCCAAGUUCACUGAAGAGGAGAUCUUCCACGUUCUUGGCGUGAUUGACGUGAAUUCCGUCAAGAUUCAUUCCUCCUCUCAAGAGCGCUCAUCCGCCAACCAAAACCCUGGACAUGCGUUGUACCCCGUGACAGCCUUGAUUUCUCACGGAUGUAUCAGCAAUUCCAAAACCAUCAUUCUUCCGGAUUACACCAACGAGUGCCGGGCGACCACCUUCAUUUAUCAGGGAGACGAGAUUACCAAGCAAUAUGUCAGCUCCUUGGAGACCACCAACAUGAGACGAGCAAAAUUAAGGAGUGGCUGGUAUUUUGAUUGCAAAUGCCCACGAUGCUAUGACCCGACGGAAAACGAGUCGUACAUGAGUGCCACUUCCUGCCUUCGUUGCAAAACUGGCGUCAUCCUUCCCAGUCAUCCACUUGACCCAAAAAGUUCUUGGACCUGCGAUCUCUGUUACUUCAAGACCAAUGGUGAGGCCGUGGACAAGUUGGUGGAUUAUUUCUUGGACAAGAUUAAAGCAACCCGGAUUGAAGCAGUGGAUUUAUGGGAAGAGCUACUGGAAAAAGCCUCAAAAAUGUUCCAUUCCAAUCACUACAUCCUCACCCUUAUCAGGGUCACGAUGAACACGGCCUACAUUGAAUUGGGAGACAGAAUGGAGCUCGAGCCGGACAAAAUCCCGAUGGAGCUAUUCAUGAGACGGAAGGACCUUCUGGACGAUGUGCGCAAGGUCAUGGAUCUUGUGGAACCGGGACUUACUCGACGGCGUGGCAUUUCUCUCUUUGAAGCCGCUACUUGCCAUUUACAAUUGGGUAGACUUCUUCAUGAGGCGGAUCGAUUCGGAUUGGAAGAUUUCAUCCAACUGAUUGAGGCUGAAAGCGUUUCGUUACAGGAAGCCCUGAGAUGCUUGGAACAUCAUCCCGAAGGUACAUUGGAGGCCUCAAUUCAUUACAAAUGCGAGGCAGCCCUUUAUGAGGCCGAAUACACAAAAAAACGGAUGAAGUUGAAGUUAGAAGAGAUGAAGCAUCAAGCUCAGAAGAGAAUAGAAGAACGUGAGGCUGAAAGGCAUGAAGCCAAACUUGAGUUGGCUCAAUCCCCGAUCAGGUCCGCAAAAUCGGAAGAUGCAAAACCCUCAGGAGAUUUCGACUAUUUGGAUGGUCUUCUUGGCUCAGCCAUCCCUAUUUCUUCGCAAUCUCCCUCGUCCAUUGUUGACUUUGUCAAAAAUGAUGAACGGACGAGCGAACCAAAGGAAGUACUGAAACAACCAAAGGCACAAUCCCAGACUAAAAAGUCGUCAAAACAGAAACGGCGCAAGUGAACUCCAUGAUUUUGAAUGAUUAAGAAAUAAAGAAUCUAGCAAGCAAUGCAA